GGCAUUGGCUCCGUGGGCCGGGGGCGGGGCUUCAAGGUCCAAGGUCUGCACAGUAAGUUCACAGCCGGAUUCCGCUCCCAUCGCCGGGCGGUUCUAGCUCCCGAGCUUUUGCCGCCCGCGGGUCGGCUGCCUGCGUAUUUUUAAGCUCCUCAGCUCUGGACCGAGAAGACACUUGCGAAGACAAGACCAGGGAGCACGGCUGCCUACGAGACCCCCACCUUCCUCCUUCGGGAGUUUCCAGCCCUCUGGGAAGACAGCGAUUUUUGUCAUCUCAAUCCUCUGACUUUGUUGAUUAUUUAUCUCUCUUUUUCUAAUUUCUUGGGCCAACUUUGGUCACGCCCCACACCCUACUCUUAGCCCUUUGGCAAGUUUUUGGUGUCCAAAAGCCACCUUCUGGGUGUUUCUGGUUGAGCGGUGAGGGGAGGCAGCAGGAGGCCACAGUCUCGGCGAGUGGACUGUCUCCAGCCCCGGCAGCCAGGCCUGGGUGGUGGGGUCACAAUGUCCACCAAGGCGCCCAUCUACCUGAAGCGCGGCAGCCGCAAGGGCAAGAAGGAGAAGCUUCGGGACCUGCUGUCCUCGGACAUGAUCAGUCCGCCGCUGGGAGACUUCCGCCACACCAUUCACAUUGGCAGCCGUGGUGGCAGUGACAUGUUCGGUGACAUCUCCUUCCUGCAGGGCAAGUUCCAUCUCCUGCCAGGGACAACAGUCGAGGGACCUGAAGAGGACGGCACGUUUGACCUCCACUUCCAGUUUCCCCGCACUGCCACGCUGUGUGGGCGGGAGCUCCCCGAGGGGCCGUCCCCUCUGCUCAAGAAUGCCGUCUCCCUGCCGGUCAUCGGUGGGCCCCAGGCCCUCACCCUGCCCACAGCCCAGGCCCCACCGAAACCCCCUCGCCUGCACCUGGAGACCCCUCAGGCCUCCCCUCAGCCUUCGCCACAGGAGGCAGGGAGUGUAGAUAUCUGGAGAACUCCAGAGACUGGCACAGCCCACAAUGGGCUGACCCCUGAGUCAGAAGCCGAGGAGCCCUUUCUGUCCCAUGCCAGCUCCCUGCUCUCCCUGCAUGUGGACCUGGGGCCUUCCAUCCUGGAAGACGUCCUCCGGAUCAUGGACCAGGACCUGGGCCACAUGCAGAUCCCCACAUAGGACCUGAGGUGGGCCAGGCUGAGCGCCCGGGCUGGGGCGAAUGCCAGAGGCAAAGGAUCCCAAGGUCACCGUGUGGUCACUGGCCAGCAACUUCUCACUUUGGGCCUCUGUUUCCCUCCCUCCCACCGUCUCCUCGUGGGCAGAGUGCGCCUCUUUGCUUCCCCUGAAACCUACGAGGACACGUGUGGAACUCAGCCCAAAAGUCCCUGAGCGCCUUGAGCCACUUGGACCCUCACCGCCAACUGCCCCUCCUUCCUUCAGCACCCUUAGACGAAGGCUCUGCUAAAAUGGAUUCCCCUUUUCCCUCCCUGCUGCCUCAGCCCCCUCAGAUGCCCUGAUUAGGGUUGGGGGAAGAGGCAGGGCACAGCCAGCCAGACCUUUGUCCUAGACUGCGUAUGGCAUUGGUGAUCAAAUGUCCCUCUACCCCAUCUCCUCCCACAUGACCAGGACUGCGUAUGGCAUUGGUGAUCAAAUGUCCCUCUACCCCAUCUCCUCCCACAUGACCAGGAGUUCUGGUUGCAAUAAAACUCGUUGCUGCUCAUAGUUGUGAUCCCCAUACCCUUGUCCCCUUGUCUCUGAAGACGGGCCUGUCUCUGCGACCUGAGUUGACCCUGGGGGAGACCCCAGCCCCUGCCUUUUGGGAGAGUGCACCUGAUUCCAAGGUCCCAGGGCCGGGAGGGAUCCGACAGUGCUGAUCAGCAGACUCAUCUCAUCAGGGUUGUUUAUUGAACGUCUACAGUGCAACUUAGCAUGCUCCAGGUGCUGGGGACACCGGACGCGAUACCUGCUCCCCUGGAGCUUAAAUUCUAGAGGGAGAAAGAUUUUAAAUCUGUAAGCAAGUAUGACGAUUUCCAACAGUGCUGAACACUAUGAAGAAAAUGACGCAAUUUUUUUUCCCGAGGCAGCAGUAUGGGUGCUGUCAGGGUACUUUAGAGUGAUCAGAUGUGAUUCCGAGCCAAAUCGAGGUCUAACAGACAUACGCAGAGGCAUGAGCAGAGGCACCAAGGCACCAGAGUGAAUGAGAGAAGCCGCCGUGUGGUGAAAACAGCAUUGACUUCUGAGUCUGACUUGCCCUGUGUGAGGCCGUUGCUUCAUUUCUGAAAUGGAGUCAGCGAUACCCACCUCGUAGGGUUGUGGAGACGACCAGGGAUAACGUUUGGUUACGGUGUGUGACGUAAAGGAACUGGGGGCUCAGGAAGACAGCACCGAAGCUGGAAAGCAGGUUGGAGUCAACAGUUGUGCUUGCGGGCUGAAGCUGAGGAUGGGAGCUGCGGAAGGAUUUGGAGCAGGAGAGACACGUGGUCAGGUCGCCACCCCGACCAAGCGGAAGUUGGACUAAAGACCAAAGAGGAGGACGCCUUUGCAUGAUGAGGACUGGAUGGGGCGGGGACAGUGGGGACGAAGAGGAGGGGAAAGUGUAAGGUGGAGCCUGGUGUCUGGAGGCCGGUGCUGGCCUCAGUGGUCCUCUUCUUCCAUUCUCAGCUGGUUCAUUUCUACCCUUUUGACCCUACAAAUCCCAGACCCCACCUCACCCCCAGCCUUUCCUGCCUCCAAGGAGAGAUUUCAUACUAGAGGCAGAAGCAGAAUUGGAUCAGGAAACAUUCUGCUUGGCCACACAGGUUUUUGGUUUUUGUUUUAGGUGAUAAAUUUAUUGUGGUAAAAUAUAUAUAACAUGAAAUUUAUCAUUUUAACCAUUUCUAAGUGUAUGGUUCAGUGGCAUUGAGUAUAUUCACACUAUUCUGCAACCAUCACCGCCGUCCAUCUCUAGAACUUUUUUCAUCUUCUCAAAGUGAAACGACAUACUCAUUAAUAAAUAACUCCUCAUUCUCCCUUCCCCUCAGCGCCUGCGACCACUCUCCACUGUCUCUGAAUUUGACUUCUCCAAAGACCUGAUAAGAGUGGAAUCACACACUAUUUGUCUUUUCGUGACUGACUUAUUUUACUUAGCAUAAUGUCUUUAAGGUUCAUCCACGCUGUUGCCUGUAUUGCAAUUUCCCUCUUUUUAAAGGCUGGGUAAGAGUCGGGGCAAAAUAGUGGAGCACGUAAACGCUGUGCUUGUCUCUUCCAAUGACCACAUUAAAAUUAUAACUAAAUUAUAGAACAAUCAAUCUGGAGAACCCUCUGAAGACUAGCUGAACAGAAGUGCUAUCACUAAGGAUAUAAGGAAGAAGCAGCCACAUCGAGGCUAGAAAUGAAAAAUAAAUAAAGACUGAAUAAUAUUCCAUUGUCUGCA